ACCCUACUUCUACUUGACAAAUUGAUAUUCUGUUCUGUUUGCUGAUUUAUCUUUAUCUGUGUUGGUAGUAAUCUUGAAAAGAAAGACAGCAGGUUAUCAGCAACCAUGGCAGAUGUUCCGCGCCGCCCUAUGAAGUUCCCCUAUACAUUUUCAGCAAAGAUUGCACAGUUCCCCCUUAAAUUUUAUCUGCAAAACCAAUGGGUCUGGCGUUACUGGUUUAUUGGAAUUGGUGUUUCUCUGCCAGUCUUCUACAAGAUCCACAAAAUGGCUAACUCUCCUGAGAAUGUUAGCAAGUGGGCCGAGAUCAGGAGGAAGGAGGCUGCCGAACACCACCACUGAGCACUGUAGGGCCAAGCUGCUGUUUAAAACAAUACCAUUUAUGUUUUAAGAAUAAAAUUAAAUCAUGUUCUAGUUCAA